GUUAACGGACUAACUGUGGACUUCCUCGACCUCUGCAAAUGUUACUAUCCUCCAAGGUUUUAGGAUUUAUCUGAACCAAACGGUUCUUUCGGCCACUUUUCUGGAGGUUGUUGUAUUUUAUUUUAAAAAAUGACCUCCGCUGGGACGCCGAGUCGCUUCCUGAAAAGCGUUCUUCAAAACGGCGUGGGUCGUUACGUGUGCCAGCUGAAGCGAAUCUCCAUCGUGUUCUCCAAGACCGGCCAGAGCUCGCUGGGCGUCAGGGACUUUAUUGAAGACGGAGUGGUGGAUUAUGCCAAGAACAACCCCGGCACGGUGGUGUAUGUGUCCCCUCAGCACUGUGCCAAACCCACAAUAGUGGCGGAAUACCUAAACGGCACCGUGAGGGAAGAGGCGGUGGCGAGCAAAACGUCCUCACAGAUCUCGGAGGUCCUGACAAAGCUGACCAAUCAGUCCGGCCUGGACAUCAUCCGCAUCCGCAAGCCCUUCCACACGGAUAACCCCAGCAUCCAGGGCCUGUGGCACCCCUUCACCAAUCGUCGCCCUCAGCCGGGCGGCAUCAGACCUCCAGGGCAGAGUGACGUGAAAGGAACUCUUGAAGUUAAAUAAAGAGGGUUUACUUCCCUGCUAUUGCUUGGAUGCCCUUGUUUUUUUUUUUUUAAAGCUUUGAGGCAGCGGCAACUUUGUUUGCUCACCAAAAUAUUUGUAGUGCAAACACUGGCGGUUAAUUUUAGAUUUGAUUCCGAGGAGUGUUUGGACAGCUUGGCCCGCUCCGUCAUAAGUCGCUGAUGCUGAUGCUGGACAGCUUUCAUUUUCCAGCUUGCAUCAGGUUUGUUUCCUUUGACUAAUGUUUAUGCAAGCUUGACGCAGACCAAGCUUGAAGGAGCACGAGGCGGAGGACUCGCUGACCUUGGCUGGAUGACCUUUGUUUCAGAUGAGUUCCAUCAACGAGCAUGUGUAAUGCACUUGAUAAACUAAACACUUUUUCACCAUG